AUGUCGAUCACCAGUGCCCACCUCAGCACAACCCUCACGGUGUCCGACUUCGUUCGAUUCGUCUCGCUUGUGUCCGAGGUUCACCAUAACGCAGCAGUUUCAUUACGUCUCACACCAAACCGAACGACUGUGCUGCCCUUCCUCACAACCGCGCUUUCUCCGUCGUUUCCCAACCACCUCAUGAAUGAUCUAUGGGCUUUAACACUCUCACUAUUACCCUCGACCCGGUUUGAUUCAAAAGCUGCCAUCCGCACAAUUGGUCUUCAAUUCAAACUACCUGAACGUUUUUUACGACCGCCAGUAUCACAGUGUCUUGCUUGCCCAACUGCACGUAAUCUACAUGUCCACACCCGCCUGAAUGGCUACCUUUACGACACCAACGGUGUCCACUCGGUUCAGACAGUCAUACUCGAUUGUCCAGGAUGUGGAGCCUCAUAUCGCCCUAGUUACUACACCUCAGCUGGAUUCCGACACUACUACACCUUGCCCAUGGGACGUGACAUUGAGAUCCUCCACGUGCACUGCCACUAUUACAUCACAAACAGGUUGGGACACUUGUUCCGAAUAAUCCAAAUGCUCGCUCACGUCUCCCACUUCAAUUUGACGAACUGGUUUAACGAGAUAUAUGUUGAGGACGCAAACGUCCCUCAGUUCGACGCCGCCCAGGUUUUCACCCCGGCUAUGUCAGAGGCAGUCUUGCUAGAUGGCCUUGAACUCCGUGAUUUGUUGGAACACAAAGAUCGAAGGCAGCAACAACUGACGCUUCCGGCAACUGGUACAGACGACGUUUGUUUUGAUGAGGCUAUUGCCUCCCAUCUGGACCGACUUGAUGUGGAAGGAACUAGUUUCCGUGAUCAUUACUGCAGUAGUUGCGUGAGAGUAAAAUCUGGUGGUGUGGAUCCUGACUCAGGUGAAGAUAUUGGGCUAGUGACCAAAUAA